AUGAAUUUAAAUAACUUCUCUUUAAUAAGAGAUUUAGCAAAAAACAAACAUAUAUUCAAAUUUAAAACUGACAAUAUCAAUAAAAAUAUUUUACCAUUUAGUACAAAAUAUGAACCGAAAUCUAAAUUUAAAAACAAUGAAAGUAUUAUCAAAGUUUUAAAUAAUAACAAUAGCAAUAGCAAUAGCAAUAGCAAUAGCAAUAGCAAUAUAAUCAGAAACAAUGAAAAAAUUAAAAAACAAAUUAUAUCGAAUAAAAUAACAUCAUCAUCGUCAUCACCAUUAAAUAAGAUUCAACCAAUAUUUUCAACAUCUUUAAUAUCAAAUAAUAUUAAUAAAUUUAAUAGUUUAAUUAAUAAUACAAAUAUUCAAUCUCAAAGAUUUUAUUGUGGUAUUUGGGGUGGUGGUAAAAAUAAUAAAAACAAUCAAAAUAAAAAUAAUAAUGAUAGUAAUGAAAAUAAAAAUGAUAGUAAUAAUAAUAAUAGUAGUAGUAGUGGUAGUAAUGGUAACAAAGAAGAAAAAAACAAUGAAAAUAAACAAACUAAAUAUUCAUAUAAAGAAGGUAUAUUUGCAUUUAUUCAAAAGUUGGUUGAAAAAGUAAAAUACUUUUUAACAAGAAAUAAACCUUUAACUUCUGAUCAAAGAAUUGCAAUUAUUAGUUGGGCUGCAUUUGGUACUGGUACUUUAAUAUUAAUUGGUACAACUUCUUUAGUUUCAUUUAUUUUAUUCUUUGCAAAUACAUUUGAAUUUUCUGAAUUUUUAGCAAAUAAAGUUGGUAAAUAUUUAACAAAUAAUACAGGUAUUACAAUUACAUUUGAAUCGGCAAGAGGUGAUAUGAAAACAGGAUAUAUUAGAUUAGAGAAUGUGAAUAUAUCACGUACACCAAGAUCAGAUGAUAGAGUAUCAUCAAUUCAAUUAUCAAUUAGACAAAUUGAUAUUAAAUUAAAUUUCCUAUGGUUUUUAGAAGGUAAAGGAUUGAUACAAGAAUGUUUAGUCAAUGGUGUUAGAGGAUUAAUUGAUAGAAGAACCGAAGGUAUCAAUUGGAAUAAAAAUAUGGUUUAUCCAAGAAGAAAGAAAAUGUCUGGUGAUUUUGAAUUUGAAAAAUUGGAAGUACGUGAUCUAUUCGUUACAAUGUAUUUACCUGAUAAAAGUUAUAGACCAUUACCAAUUUCAAUCUAUCAUUUAGAAAGUGAUAGAUUUAGAAAACAAUGGAUGCUAUUAGACUUAAUCUCUUGUAAAAGUAUUGUUGGUAAAUUUGAUAAUUCUUUAUUCACUCUCACAAUUCCACAACAUCAUCGUCAAUUCAAUAUAGAACAAGAAGAUCUACUAUCAAUGAAAUUAAAACAACUAACUUCAAAUAAUAAUCAAAAUUUUAGAAAUCAUGAUAAUUAUUAUAAUUAUAUAACUGAACCAUCUGAUAAUUUAUUUUUAACUCAAUCAAAUUCACAAAUUGAUAAUUAUAAUAGUAAUAAUAAUAAUAAUAGUAAUUUUAUUGAUAAUAAUUCAGAAAUUAAUAAUAAUAAUUUUGGAGAAAAAAGAUUAUCAAAAAAUAAAUUAACAAAAAAGAAAAGAGAUGAAAAGAUUGAAUAUAGAGAAUUAAAGAUUGAUGGAUUAAAUACUGAUAUACUUAGUAGAAAUGCAACAGGACCAUUGGGUUGGAUUAAAGAGGGUACUUUUGAUAUUGACCUUUUAAUUUUAUUACCAAAUCAUAUGGAUGAUAACGAAAAAGAACUUUUAUCAACUGAACAAGUUGAAUAUGGUAUUAUUCCACCUUCAUCAGAGAAUCCACGUAUGAAUUUACAUUUAGAUUUUAAAGUUCAAUUGAAUCAUCUAUAUAGUGUUGCUCCAUUAUAUACACCAGAGAUAUCCUAUAUUUCAAAUGCAUUGGCUCAUCCAAUAGUUGCUUACAUCAAUUCUCAUUCAAAACAUAUACCAUUAUCUUUUAAAUUUGCAAUGAAUGUACGUCAAUUCAAUGGAUCUUGGACACCAAGUCAAGCUUGUUUCUGGGAAAUGAUCUCUGCAAGUGUUUAUGCUGAACUCUUAAAAAAAGUACAAGAAACUAAAAAUGUAACAACCCUUAAAAAGGUUGCUUCAGAUUUGGUUAAUGAUUUAGUUCAAUGGAUUGCUCCUCAUUUACAAGCAAUUCAUUAUCAACAAAAAGAAAAAGAAGAACAAGAAAAAUUAUUAUUAUUACAAAAAGAAUUAAAAGAAAAACAUAAAAAACGUAUUUCUCAAAAUAAUAACAAUCAUGAUGAAACUAUUUUAUAUAAUGAAAAUGGUGAAAUCAUUUCAAAUGAACAAGAGAAUAUUGAAGAUAAUAAUAAUAAUAAUAAUAAUAAUAAUAAUGAAAAACUAGAAAAUGUAAAAGAAAAUCAAUCAGAUAAUGAACAAGAUGAAGACAAUCAAGAAGAAGAAGAAGAACCAAUUAAUCAACAACUUGUUUAUUAUCAAGAAAUGCAAAAAUUAUUAGAUAAUCAACAACAAAAACAAUAUUAUUAA